AUGACGAUCACAGCGAGCUUGUCACGAAGCGGGAGGAGCAGGCCAAGGCCAAGGGCGUCUGCGUACUACAUGUCGCCGUCCCGCAACGUCUACGACAUCUGGGAGGACCCGCUCCAAGCCUUCUGCUACGUCACGUUUGCUCAUCGAGAUGUCGGGGUCGUCCCCGCGCGACGUCGCAAGCAGCCGAUGAUGUUCAAGAGGCACCGCGAGAGCUCCCUAGUGCACAUGCUCAGGAAGUACACCCUCACAGCGGCUGCCUUCGGAGGCAUGUGCAUCAGCAUCAUCACCUUCUCCUCGUUGUUUGCGACGCUGCGCUUCGACUGGGCUCUGAACGUGAAUUUUACCGUGAGGCCGCUUGGCCGCUUGUUCAAUGUGGGCACUUCUGCGGAGGGGGACCCAAGGCACUCCUAG